CCUGGGCCCCGCCGCGCUGCACUAGAGCGGAUCCCCGCGGCCCGCCCGGGGGGCACCGGCCUGCAGCCCGCGCCCGGCCGGCCCCUCGCCUCGGCCCGCGCCCCGAAAGGUCAUUAUAGGUUUGGUGCCUUGGAGAUAUGGAAUCAAUCUCUAUGAUGGGAAGUCCUAAGAAUCUCAAUGAAACUUUUCUACCAAAUGUUGCCAAUGGCAUCAAGGAUGCCAGUAAGGUCACAAUAGGCAUCAUUGGAAGUGGAGACUUUGCUAAGUCAUUGACAAUUAGGCUUAUCAGGUGUGGGUACCAUGUGGUCGUCGGAAGCAGAAACCCUAAACUUGCUGCUGAGUUCUUUCCCCAUGUGGUUGAUGUCACUCACCAUGAAGAUGCAGUUGCAAAAACAAACAUCAUUUUUGUAGCCAUACACAGAGAACAUUAUGCCUCUUUGUGGGACCUCAAGCAUUUACUCGCAGGAAAAAUUCUGAUUGAUGUCAGCAAUAAUACAAGAGUAGACCAAUAUCCAGAUUCCAAUGCAGAGUAUUUGGCAUCACUGUUUCCAGAUUCUGUGAUUGUCAAAGGAUUCAAUGUUGUUUCUGCUUGGUCACUGCAGUUAGGACCAAAGGAUGCCAGCAGACAGGUGUAUAUAUGCAGUAACAAUGUUCAGGCUCGCCAUCAAGUUAUUGAGCUUGCCCGUCAGCUCAGUUUUAUUCCUAUUGAUUUGGGAGCAUUAUCAUCUUCAAGGGAGAUUGAAAACUUACCUCUGCGACUUUUCACACUGUGGAAGGGGCCUGUAGUGAUUGCCAUCAGCCUGGCAAUGUUUUUCUUCAUCUAUUCCUUCGUCAGAGAUGUAAUCCAUCCAUACGUGAGAAAUCAGCAGAGUGACUUUUACAAGAUCCCCAUUGAGAUUGUGAACAAGACUCUGCCAAUCGUUGCAAUCACUUUACUUUCUCUAGUGUAUUUGUCAGGACUUAUUGCUGCUGCUUACCAGCUCUACUAUGGUACUAAAUAUAGGCGAUUUCCACCUUGGCUGGACAACUGGCUCCAGUGCCGAAAGCAGCUGGGGCUGCUGAGUUUUUUCUUUGCAGCAGUGCAUGUGACAUACAGCCUCUGCUUGCCUAUGAGGAGGUCGGAGCGCUACUUGUUCCUCAAUAUGGCAUAUCAACAGGUUCAUGCAAAUGUUGAAAAUUCUUGGAAUGAGGAAGAAGUGUGGAGAAUUGAAAUGUAUGUCUCCUUUGGAAUAAUGAGCCUUGGACUGCUUUCUUUGCUGGCAGUAACUUCCAUCCCUUCAGUAAACAGUGCCUUAAACUGGAGGGAGUUCAGCUUUAUUCAGUCUACACUUGGAUAUGUUGCUCUGCUCAUAAGUACUUUCCAUGUACUGAUUUACGGAUGGAAAAGAGCUUUUGAAGAAGAGUAUUACAGAUUUUAUACACCACCAAAUUUUGUUCUUGCCCUUAUUCUGCCUUCCAUUGUAAUUCUAGGUAAGAUCAUUUUACUUUUGCCUUGUGUAAGUAGGAAACUAAGGAGAAUCCGAAGAGGAUGGGAGAAAAGCCAUGGUAUAGAAGAAGCAAGUGGAUCCAUUCCACAUCUCUCCCCUGAAAGGAUAACUGUGAUGUGAUGACAGACUAAUAUUUGUUAGCACUGUUGUAGAUUUGUUUGUUUGUUUGUUUCUUUGUCAAAAAACUUGUAUUUUUAGGAGUUCAGUGUAUGAGUAUGAGUCAAGUUACUGUGGACUUGCUUGGCAUAUACACAGUACAAGCUCUGAACCAAACAAUGAGAAAUUUAUACCUAGAAGACUACUACUUCAGAUAACGACAAUAUUUUUUUUGUUUGACUCACAGAGGGCAGACAAUUAUAAAAUCAGAUUUUUUAAUGCUUCUUUGCACAGUUAUAUCACAAUGAUAUUUUAUUUUAACCAUGCUUUCCACAUACCUGACUUAAAGGAUACGUGUCAGAGUGUUAUUUAUUAAUACCACAUUUUCUGGGCAGUGUUUCUUUUUUAAAACCACACUUCUGGGUUAGUGAGUUCAAAGUAUAGAUUAAUAGAGUUAAUAAUUUAUGGAAUAAUCAGGCCUUGAAACAACUCAUAUUAAUUUGUAAUUACAUAUUUAUUGCACAUGUACAGUGUAUUUACUUGUGUGUGGUUUUACACCAUUCCAUGGUUUGAAUAUGCAAAAGCAGUUUCAGUUAUGGUGUAAUUGUAUAUCUUGUUAUAUCAUUUGCUUAAAUGGUGUGGUGCUACCAGGGUUGUUUCUUGCAAAGUAUCAUGUUAGAUUUUAGACCUUUGGCAUCUCUUUAUUUCCAUCAUAUAAGGAAAAUUGGAAACUAUUACACAUUUACAGAAAGACUGACAGAUAUGUGUGCAAGCAAAUUGGUUUUGAUUUUAUAAUUAUUUUAAAAUAUCAGGAAAUACUAAAAAAACCUAAAACUAAAGAACAAAAAAAACCAGAAAACUGCAACAGCAAAAAUCUCUUUUCACUGUGAAACUUCCAAUAUGUUGGUACAACAGGGAGGCAUCACAAUACUCAUAUCCUGUAUGUUUCUACAAUGGAGUUUCAGUUAUUACAAUAAUGGAUUUCCCAAAGUCUGUCUUAAAGUUGUAAUAUAUUUUGUGUAAAUCCAAUCUUCUAUUUUUAUAUAAUAGUCUUACUUGUACAACAAAUGUCCUGGGAUAUGCCUGAUUUUUUGAGAAACAAAGUUAUUAUUCUUGUAUUUAAAAAGAAUUUAUCUCUAAAACUUGACAUUUACAUUUCCUGUGGGAUUGAAAAGAACAUUCACAAUUAUUUAUUACUACUGCUUUGUCAGAGUCUGCUCUUUGAGAAAACAGCCAAACUCAACUCAUACCUUCAGGCUACUCCUGCUUAAUUAUCAAAGCCUUUAUUUCAGAUAAUCAGAAUGUGUAUUUGGUCUUAGUUUGCUUUACUUGUAUAAAAUUAUAUUUUUCUUAUGUAUAUUUGCACUGUUUAGGAUGUGUGACUUUCUUAGCGGAACCUUCACUUGCUAUUUAUUAUUAGCAAGAAUUUGUCAUCAUGAUAUAUCAGAAAUUCACAGUACUUAAGCUUGAAUUUAUCGUUAAACAUCACUAGUCCUGUAAAUCUCAGUAUCUCUGUUGGUCAUGAAACUAACAGCUCCAAAGAACAAGAAUCUAGAAUCAAACUCUGCCCCCAGCCACACUAGCCUAAACCUAAAGAGUUCGUGUUAGUUGUUCUUCAUUUAGUUUCAAAUUUUAAAAAUCCAGAAUGAGUCAUUGCAGUAUCUGUAUUUCCCAAACUUACUCAUCAGCCCUGUGUGUAUUCUGGGGUAGUUGCAAAUCAAGAGACAGUUGGGCUUCCUUUCAAUUUAAGCAUGUUCAAAUCUAGAGAUGAAAAAAAUAUUUUUCAUUAUUUUUUCCAGAAUUAAAGCAUUUUUGUAUGUCUUUAAACAUGUUUUGUAUUAAAUGAGAGGUCAGUGAAUUAUUUUUGAAAAUAGAGUUUUGUGGAAACUUUUUUUGAAAAAAAACUAAAAUUCAACUACAUUCCAUAUGUGUCAACAGAAAAUUGAGAAGAUUUUCAGUUCACAGAUUUUCAAUUUCAAACAGUUUGAAAACUCAGUUUUAAGAUACGAUGAGGGAAGCCAUUGGAAAGAUAAAAUUCACUUUAUCUCACUAUUUUUUGAAAAGUAAAUUAUAACAACAGCUCUAACUGGUCAGACUAAGGGCUUAGAGAUUGGUCUCCAAUACCUGUCAAGUGGCAGAUGCGUACAAAAAGAAGGCAUAUGUCCAGUGAUUCUUCUCCUGACAUAACUUCUCAGACUCUUGGAAGUCAAUAAUUUAGGACUUAUAUGAGACAGGUGCUGCCUCUGGACUAUGGUAUUUAGUGGCUACUCAAUCAAAAGCAUUGCCUUUUUUAGAUUUUUGAAACUUUUCCAGGUUUUUACAGGAAAAGAAAGGAAAAGACUGGAGAAAAGAGAAAGUUUAAUAAAACUAUAGAAUUAAUUUUAAAAGUUUACAUUCUUUUUCCAAAACCAAAUAAUUUAGCUUCAAGAUAAUAAUUUUUUGGUCACUCCUCCAACAUGCAGCUACUUCUGUGAUAUUUGUGGUGAUACACAAGCAGUUAACUAUUUUAUCACUCCAACUAUAUAACUGUUUUAUCAGUCAUUCUAGACAUUAAGUGAAAAACCUGCCCUUCUUGGAUUAUAGGCAGGAGCCUAACCUAGUCUGAAUGAGAUUUUCACAUAAAAAUGAAGAACAAGUGACAAUUACAACUUCUAACUUACUUUUCCUGUCUGUAAAUAUAUUCCAAUGCAGAAAGCUGUGUAUUUCUUGAAAGGCUUGUGGAAUUACAUGUAACUGAUUUUCCUGGCCUGUUUCCUAUUCCAUUAUUACAAAGGAAAACUGCACAAAGCUUAGGCAUUUAUGCUUCAUUCCCUUAAAUGAAAAAAAUUUAAAUAAUCUUAGAAUGCACAAAGUCUUGGAGAUUUUUAGUGGGAUAGAUACUAUGCCAUUCUACCCCAGUCCUGUGCACGAAACCUGAUUAAAAUCACUAGAAUGGGAUGGUAUAACUGAGAGCAGGAUUUCAUACCUCUGAACAACCUUAGGGCAGAAACCAUUACUGUUGACAAUCUGAUUACAUUUCAAAAUUAAAUACACUGCUGUUACUUCAUACUAAUUCUGUACUUCUGUAGAAUAGGUAGUUAGCAUUCAUGUUCCCUACAGUUACCUAAUUUGUUUCAGGCAAUAGUGAUAUUGUUGCAGAAUCCAGAUACUGGACUAAAUGAAACUUACUGUCAAAACUCCAUAUAUAUCGUACUGUAAUGCAACCACUGAGAGUAUAUACAGAAAUAUGCUGGCCCUCUUUCCUAUGCAAAAAGUUAUUUCAUCCUUAAAUAUCUUCAAGAAUGUUUAAACUGAUACAUUUUGAACUGCCAAAGUUGUCCGGAAAUAAUUAAUUACAUGUUUUCAAACUGUGUGUAGAAAAUUAAAAAUGUAUUUUGGUUUUAUAAGUUAUUUGAAAGAUUGAGAUACUGAAGUCUUAAUAAACAGAUGGUAUUUUUAGAUCAAAUAUAUGAAGACAUUUUGUGAAAUAUUUGUGCAACAAAAUUAUGUAUGGUUUCCUGUUAGGCCAUGUGUUUACUUCUUAAUGGAAUGACAAGUUGACUUGUAAUUUAAUACUUCGUAGUGUUCUUUAAGGACCAAUUCAGUCUAACAAGACACUGUUAAGUCUGAAAGUAAAAUGACCCUCAUGCAUUGACUACACAUUAUGUAUCAUAUCAUGUGUAUUUUUGGUCAUGUAAAGAAUCUAUUCAUGUGAUCAAACACACUGGUUUCUGUAGAAGAAGUCACAUUAGGAAGUCUUACAGAAAAAAGAUCCAAGGCUAGAAGUUUAGUUUCACUUGCCUAAAUAUAAACAACUAAAUUCAUGUAGAUGUCUUAGUUACUUAGAAGAAUAAAUACAUAUUUUGAGGAAUAGCCUGCUAUAAAGGUAUUUUUGUGUAGCUUUAUAUUAAUUGCUUACUGCCUAAUGAAAAAUGAAUAAUGAAGUAAACCUCUUCUCAUUACUGUGCAGUAAAAAAAAUAAAAUAUUGUUUAAUAUGUAAUACAGAACUGUACACAUUAUAUUAGAAAAUUGAGACCUCUGUAUUUAGCAACAGGUUAUUUGUUUUCUGUGGAUAUUAAGGUAUUCUUUCAUAACAUUGUCUAAAAUACAGUUCUAUUACAGGUUUCAUAUGUCUUUAAUUUUAUGUUACAAUCCUAUUAACUGUGGCAACUGCGUACAAGUUGAGUACUCAUGUUCUCAAGUUAUAUAGAAAUUAAUUAUUUUGUAAUUGUUUUGCAAGUUCUUUGUGUAUCUAGCUUGUGGUAGUGGUUACUGUGAAUUGGUGCCACAUUUAACUUUUUGUUCCAAUACUGUACAUUAUAUGAUGUGCCAACAUGAGAAAGUACAUUUGUGUUUUUAUUUGGCGUUAAUUGCCUAUAAAAUAGCAUCUCUGUCCGUGUGUGUCUGUAUGUUAUUAGCUUUACAUGCUGCCCAACUAGCAGUAAGGGAAUGAUUAGUUAACAUAAAGCAACAAGUUCCCAAGUGGCUAUAAAUUUCACUGGUUUGAGUACAGUUAAGAAACAGGAAAUUUCCUCUGAAUGUGAAGAUUUCCUCUGAAAGUUGAGUAUGUGUAGUUCCUUUCAGACAGUGCAUCUCCUAAUACACAAGCUUUGAUUUCUUGGCUGUUCAUCCUGUAGUACUUUUUAUCAAUGUCAUAAGUAAUGUUGCAGUACUGAUACUGUAUCAUAUGACACCGCUUGAAUUAAUUAGAUUACAGCCUUUAAAAUAAGUGACACAUUGAACUGACCUGCACAGUGAUCUCUAUCAUUAUAUAUUGUUUGCCAUGCCUUGCUGGCAGUGGCUUGCAGUGAGAAUAGUAUGUCUCCCAUGUGCAAUAUUCUCUUUGUAGUUGUGUUUGUCAAUUUGUGCUGUCUGUCUGAACAGGGCUAUUAUAAAUUAUUAGUAAUGCUUUUAUCUAUUUUUCCAUAUACUUUGUUUUACACAAAAAUCAAUAAAAAGUGUCAGGUGUUUGGCUUUUUCUUCUGUGUUUAUGCAGAAUAAAUUUUAGCUUUCAUUUCUUUA